UGGUGCAACUCUUUGGUUUCACCAAUAAGCAAAAAAAAAAAAAUACUUAUGGGUUGAAAAGGAAGAACGGCGGGGAGGAAGAAGAGAAACGGGCGUUUUAUGUCAUGUGAAUAUAUUGGUAGUACGAAUUAUUUAUUUACCCUUUUUUUUUUUCUAUUACCUAGGCAUUCAUAUCCUACGCAACAACCUUCAAUUCCUUCCAAUGGUUCUCCUACUGCUUAUAUGGCUUCUGUGAAAAAUGAAUCCGAUACAAGACUUCCUGGAAUGGUUCUAUCUCAACCUAGUACACCUCGUCCUAACUCCAUGAUUACUGAUAAUGGUUCAUCUGCUGGUAAAAAGAUACGACAUAGUUAUGUAUCUUCUUUUUCAUCCAAUCCUUAUCCAAUCAUGGCUCGAAAACGAUCAAGAACUGAUACUACUCUUUUUCCAACUGAAACCGGUCCAUCUUUUAGUGCAGCAAAAUCAUUAGAUAAUCUUUAUUCACCUGACAGAACCAAUUUAUUGACAGUGCGUAUACAGUCGAAAAUGGAUCGUGGGUUCUUUUUGGCGGAUAAUGAUUGGACUUGUUAUCGACGUAACUAUUUCCAAGUCAGUAGUACUUUUGGUAUCCAUGGAAUCAAUCACUAUUAUGGAGAACAUGAACUUCAAUGUUUUGUACAAACAUCUAGACAUGGACUUCAACCUGUUUCUCGAUUUGCUUUAGGGAUUUCUGCUCGUGUAUCCAACAGUGACAAACAUAUCGAUUUGAUUCAACAUACACCAAAACGGGAUAAAGGACCUCAAAUGACGCCAGAACCAAAAGUCAUUGCUCCUGGUGGUAAUCUUAGUCUUAGCUCAGUUGGUAGUACUCAAAAUAUCGCCACUUUCGAACGUAUUCAAUUCAAAACUGCUACUGCCAACAAUGGAAAGCGUCGUGCUGCUCAACAGUAUUAUGUAAUUUUGGUGGAACUCUAUGCUGAAACUCAUGAAGGUGAACGUAUUCCUGUGGCCUCAUGUGUCUCUUCUCCUUUGGUGGUCCGUGGUCGAAGUCCUGGACAUUAUGCAGAUAGUCAAGAUCGUGCAUCACCCAAUGCCAAUGCAUCCAUGAUGGCAGCAGCAGCAGCAGCAGCAGCAGCGGCAGCAGCGGCAAAUGAAGAUGAUCGAUAUACUCAUUAUCCAAAACCACCCAUGACUCCUCCUACUGCAGCAAUGAUGUCAAAUGGAUCUGAAUAUGGUGCUCCUUACAAUUAUUAUAGUGGCUAUCCUACAACUCCUUAUGGUAUGAUGGUAAAUUCUUCUUCUCAGCCACCUUUACCUACACCUACUACAUCAUCAUCAGGGAAUGCAAAUAAUGUGGCUCCAUCAUCAUCUUCGGUAUCUACAACUUCGUCAUCAAGUGGUCCUACUUCAUCUAGUGCCCAUCAUCAACCUUACAUGGUACACAGUAUGUCUGAUCCUUCUUCUUCAGAAUCUUCUUCGCCUGAUCUUUACCAAGCAGCUCCUGAUUAUCCUUUACACCAUACUGACAAAUCUCACCAUCAUCAUCCUUCGCAAAUUAAUAUUCACUCUUUACCUAUGGAUCCAACUGGUGGUGCUGCUCAUGUUGAAUGGUCAAGGUCACGAUAUCAUUCCGCUGGUUCAGUUCCUUCUCCUACCUCUUCUGCUGAUCAAAAUUCCUACUUUUCUCAACAACAAUUACAUCAUCAACAACGUCAACAGCAACAUCAUCCUUCUACAAAUGGUGCUCCUCCUACGCCUACUACUCCUUUCAGUACCAGAAAAUAUGAUACCAUGUCAACGUCUGACCAUCAUCAUCAACAACAACAACAAAACUCUUGAUUAUUCUUAGUUCAGUUUAGUUUUAUAUACAUUAUGUUUUAUUAUAUUGUACCCUCUGUUACUAGUAUUUUUAUCGUUUAUUUCAUAUUCCAUAUUAUUAUUACUAUUUUUUUUUUUUUUUUAGUUAUUUAUCUCUACAACUUGUGUUUCUAUAUAUCAUCUUAUUCAAUAUACAUUCAUUCUUUUUAUAUUAUUAUAUAUAUUAUUGCGUUAUGAUUCUAUUAUUAUAUGUAUUUCUUUUUCGUUGUGAUAAAUAUGAUUUUU